AUGUCGAGCUUAGAGAAUUACAUUAUUCUCGGACCAUUAAAUUAAAGAGUUUUAAAGUCUUCUCCGUAAUUAUUUUUAUCUCAGCACACUUUAUCCAGAGCCACCUACGUGCUGAACGGAAAUCAGCCACUAUUUGGAGCAGCGGUCUACUCUAUAGAUAUAGCUUGCGCAAUGACACCAAGAGUCUCGAUAGGCUAAAAGGGCUCCUCCAUCAGAUUAAUAUCGGCGCUAUGGAUGUAAAGGUUAGCCUGAUACCUCAUGAUUUUUGCAGUGAUGAAUCGCCAUCAAGGACAUAUUAGUCUCCGCCACAAUAUUAAUUAUUCAGACCAUUAGGAAGAGGGACAUUUGGCCAAGUCAAGCGUAAGCCCUAAACAGUUGCUGAGCACAUAUUGACCAAUGUCAGAGUGGCUAUAAAGGUCUUAAAACGCAAAGUUCUAGCAGAAAAGCACAUGAUCAAUAAAGUAAAACGUGAAAUCCGAGUCCUCAAAUCUUUCCAUCACCCUCACAUAAUUCGGCUUUAUGACGUCAUAUCAACUCCCACCUGUAUUUUUCUCGUCAUGGAAUGUCUCCCAGGUGGCGAACUCUAUAAUCUUCUCGAUCGAAAUGGCAGACUGCCAGAAGAUCAAGCCCGGCUUUAUUUCCAACAAAUAAUAUCAGGUCUUGAUUAUUGCCAUACCCACAGAGUCGUCCAUCGAGAUAUUAAGCCUGAAAAUAUUUUACUUGACCAGUUUGGGAAUAUAAAAAUCGCUGAUUUCGGGCUGUCGAAUUUGAUGCCAGAUGGAGAUUAUUUGAAGACUUCAUGUGGGUCGCCUAAUUAUGCAGCUCCAGAGGUGAUAUCAGGAACCCGUUAUUGUGGCCCAGAGGUAGAUAUUUGAAGUGCUGGGGUCGUGCUAUUUGCUUUAUUGGCAGGCCAUUUGCCAUUUGAUGACAGUAGCAUCCCUUCUCUUUUUGCAAAAAUUAAGGCAUCUAGUUUUAGCAUGCCUUAUCAUUUUUCAGACCCUGUUAAAGACUUAAUAGCAAGAAUGCUGAAACCUGACCCGAUAGCGAGAAUGACUAUAAACCAAAUAAAGAAACACCCAUGGGUACAAAUGAAUUAUGAUUCAAGGCUGCUAGCUAUGAAUAGAAUUACUUCAAAAAGCUAUAGAAUAAUUGAUGAAGAAAUCUUGAUGAAGUGUCUUGAUUUACCUUCAACAAAGUAUUUAACAAUAGAAGAGUUCAGAGAAAAAAUUGUGAAUAGGAAAAAUGAAAGCUCAGUGGUCUGCUAUGAGCUGCUACUUGAUAAGAAGCUGAAUGAGAUGAGGAUUAGAAAUGGGGAUAGGGUGAGCAAUGUGACACCGAUAUUUAAAUCAAAAAAUACUGAUAUGUCAAAUCUUGAAAUUUCAACAAGAGCUUCUUCUUCACAAGGAGAAAAUAUUGACAUUUUAUUUGAUAAAGAUGGAGCACCUGAUAACUGGGUGUAUGGGUUUCGUACUGAUUUAGAGGCUUAUCCAUUUAUGAUGACUUUAUUCGCUACCUUAAAAGAUGCAAAUCUUGAGUGGAAGCUUGUUACAAAUUUUAAGUUGAGAGUGAGGAGCAUUGAUUCCCCUUAUACACUAAAAAUGCAGAUCGAUAUUUAUAAGUAUCAAAGAUCAUUUGUCGUUGAUAUAAAACUACUUGAAGGCACAACUAUGGUAUUCUUAGAAACACUCCAUAGACUGUAUACAAUCUUAUAUGAUAGAACUUAUUCAUAG